CAUUUAUAAAAAAAAAAAAAAAAAAAGAAAAAAAGGAGGCGAUGGAGAAGAUUAUUGAGGUAGCUUAUGGCGCAUCAGUGAAGGCGGCUUUGACCUUGUUGGAGAACAAUCUCUUGCCGGAUCUUGUCAUUAGGCGGCUUACACGACUCCUUCUUGCCGGUCGGCUCCGUUCCGGUUACAAACCCACGGCAGAGAUGCAACUCUCCGAUCUCCUCUGUUUCGUUGACUCUAUAAAGAAGAUGCCUAUAGCGAUCAAUACCGAGAAGCCUAAGACUCAACACUAUGAAUUACCAACUGCUUUCUUCGAGCUUGUUCUUGGAAGAAACAUGAAGUACAGCUCUUGUUUCUUCCCUAACGAUGCAAGUAGCUUGGAAGAUGCAGAGGAAGCUAUUUUGGCUCUUUACUGUGAAAGAGCUAAAGUGGAAGAUGGACAAAGUGUUCUUGAUGUCGGAUGUGGCUGGGGAUCUCUGUCUUUGUACAUUGCCCGCAAGUAUAGCAACUGCAAGUUAACUGGUAUCUGCAACUCUAAAACACAGAAAGCAUUUAUCGAUGAGAAAUGCGGGAAACUCGGGCUUCAGAAUGUCGAAAUAAUUGUUGCGGAUAUCAGCACUUUUGAGCAUGAAGGGACAUAUGAUCGAGUGUUCUCCAUCGAAAUGUUUGAGCAUAUGAAAAACUAUGGAGAGCUUCUGAAGAAGAUAGGAAACUGGAUGAAGGAAGAUAGUCUUCUGUUUGUUCACUAUUUCUGCCAUAAGACCUUUGCUUACCACUUUGAGGAUGUGAAUGACGAUGACUGGAUCACAAGACACUUCUUCAGCGGAGGAACAAUGCCAUCCGCAGAUCUUCUACUCUAUUUCCAAGAAAAUGUUUCGAUUGUGGAUCAUUGGCUCGUGAACGGGAAGCAUUAUGCAAAAACAAGUGAAGAGUGGCUCAAAAGAAUGGAUAAAGAGAUUGUUGCGAUCAAAAAGAUAAUGGAAAUGACUUACGGGAAAGAAAACGCAGUCAAGUGGAUGGUUUAUUGGAGAACCUUCUUCAUCGCGGUUGCUGAGCUUUUCGGAUACAACAAUGGGGAAGAGUGGAUGGUUGCACACUUCCUCUUUAAGAAGAAAUGAUGAUUUCUUUAUUUUCUUCCAUUUUGAAUAAAGAAUACAACAAUCUCAUUCUACCCUACUUAAGAAUUUGAGUUGUUCAAUCUGUUAUUGAAAACUACUAUAUGGGGAUCAAGUAUCAUCAACCGGAUUUAUUUGAAUCA